CUAGAAGCUGAGACGACGGCGACGGCGACGCCUCAGCCCCGGGGCUCUGGCUUCCUGCCCCGUCCGUCCCGCCCGCGGGCCAUGGAGCUCCGAGCAACGGAUGGGGAGCAGCCGGCGCAUCCCCGCCUGCCCUCCAGGUCCCUGGCUCCUCCGAUCCCUUCCCAGCCUGAUCCCUGGAGGCAGCAGCCACCGGGCUGCUAAGCGGCAGUGACAGCAUGAAGGCUCCGGGUCGGCUCCUGCUCAUCGUCCUCUGCUCUGCGGGCUUCUCGGCUGUCUACAUCCUGCUGUGCUGCUGGGCCUGCGUGCCCUUCUGCCCGGCCGCCUGCCUGGACCCCCACCUCUCUAUCAACUCCAGGCCCACCGUGCCGGGGCCUCUGCACUUUAGUGGCUACAGCAGUGUGCCAGAUGGGAAGCCGCUGGUCCGAGAGCCAUGCCGCAGCUGCGCCGUGGUGUCCAGCUCAGGCCAGAUGCUGGGCUCGGGCCUGGGCGCUGAGAUCGACGGCGCUGAGUGUGUCCUGCGCAUGAACCAGGCGCCCACCAUGGGCUUCGAGGCAGACGUGGGCCAGCGGAGCACCCUGCGGGUCAUCUCCCACACGAGUGUGCCUCUGCUGCUGCGAAACUACUCCCACUACUUCCAGCAGGCCCGCGACACGCUCUAUGUGGUGUGGGGCCAGGGGAAGCACAUGGACCGGGCGCUGGGCGGCCGCACCUACCGUGCGCUGCUGCAGCUCACCAGGAUGUACCCUGGCCUGCAGGUGUACACGUUCACCGAGCGAAUGAUGGCCUACUGCGACCAGGUCUUCCAGGACGAGACGGGCAAGAACCGGAGGCAGUCCGGGUCCUUCCUCAGCACCGGCUGGUUCACCAUGAUCCUCGCCCUGGAGCUGUGUGAGGAGAUCGUGGUCUACGGGAUGGUCAGCGACAGCUACUGCAGGGAGGAGCAUCACCCCUCGGUGCCUUACCACUACUUUGAGAAGGGCCGGCUGGAUGAGUGUCAAAUGUACCUGGCGCAUGAGCGGGCGCCCCGCAGCGCCCACCGCUUCAUCACCGAGAAGACUGUGUUCUCUCGCUGGGCCAAGAAGAGGCCCAUCGUCUUCGCCCACCCAUCCUGGAGGAUGCAGUGGCCCCAUCGCCACAGCGCCAUCACCAGGCCUCUGUUGCAGCCACACUCCGCCAAAAACACUUAAUUUAUGGAUCCUGCCUCCUGCCAUGUGCCGAGCGGACCUGAGUUCCCUUCCAGCCAUACCCUUGGGGACACUUGGAACCAUCUCAGGCUUCUAGACUUGGGGAGAGAGGAGGAGGCCUCUGGUGACCUUUGCAGCCUCCUCCCCACCCCCGCUCCCUGAGUAAUCUGAGUCUUCGUUUUCAAGUUCUUCCCACCUCUGAGUCUGUCCAGUGACCUUUGCCCUGGGGGCUGGUGGCCCCCAGUCACCAGCACUAUGAAUUUCGACCGAGCACCAGCCCUGGUCCUUCCUCUCUGCACUCCCUCUCCACCUGCCUUUGGUGCCACACUUCCCAGGCUGGUUGCCCUCGGUGGGGCAGCCUCGAGCUUGGGGUUCGUUGGGUGAGGGGGGGGAGCCUUUGAACUGUGACUGCCAGGGCCACCUCUGGAAUGUACGGGUAAAUGUGUUUUCUGGAA